ACGUCUAGGCGUGCGGUACUAGUAGCCGGACCAGCAACUGGGCAAACAAUAACAAAACGCGAUGCGGGCAUAAUUAUUUUCGUGUCGUUUUCCACAACUAAAUAACUUAAAUCAAAACCAAAUACAUAUAGUUUAACUAAAACGCGCGUAAAAUAUUAUAUCAACUUUUGUAAAUUGUAUAUAAGAAAAUACGAUCGUCGUUUUGUUUUGUGCGUGGCUGCCGCUGCUGCUGCUAAAAACCGUUUUGUGUGUUGUUUUUGUGUAUUCAAUAUUUAAAUUAAAAAUCUUUUACACAACGAAAAGAAAAUUUCAUUGUCUGACGCGCGUUUGAAGCCCCAUGAACAACGCGCGUGAUGCACAAAUGAAAUCAAAUCUACAUAGAAGAAAGUUGAGCAAAAAGCAAAGCUAGAAGAAAUCAAAAUAAAGCAAAGAAGUAAAGUGAUUACCACUAAAGUUCCUUAUUAAGCAACACCAGAGAAAGAGAGAGAGAGAGAGAGAGAGAGAAAAAGAAAGAGCGAGGAACAAACAACAAAAAUUCAAAUUACAAGCAACGGCCAGUUAAUUACAACAAACAAAGUUCCUUGUUAAUCAAAAACAGAGAAUCGACGGACUAAAGCAUAUAUAACAAAAUGAUUUCACACAGUCCACCCAUAUUCAGUCACAGUCCGCCCGUGAGUUUCUUGGCGGACUACAUGAGCGGACAUCAGCGUCAAGCACUAAACUACAAUGACGAGGCAAAUAGAGCGUCGCGUUAUUGCCGCCCUCAGGCGGUGACGCUGGCCUCCAAAGCCAUGGUCAACAAUGCUGCCAAUGCUACACAACAGUUGCCCGCCAAGACGGGCGGCACUCCACUGGGCGUGGGCAGUCGCUCCGGACGCAGCUACUUGGAGCGCAUGGUCUCCGCGCCGCUGCUCAACACACAGCCCAAGUCGUGUCUAAGCCGCAAAUCCUGCCUGCACAAAGCUAACCAAGCCAACACAAUGGAUGCUGCGCCCACGGAGCAGCCAUCGACCACCGAAUGCUGCAGCUCAGACGAUGGAGUUGCCGCCAACUGCUGCGAGCAGAGUCGCUUGCGCAAAAAACAUGUGAUCUUUGCUGAUGAUGAGGGUCUGUCCUUGACCGAGGUGCGUGUCAUGUCGGAGCCCUCGAAUGUGCCGCCCUACUGGAGCAUGAAGUUCCUGGAGCAGAUAACACAGGGACUGGUCAGUCCACAUCCGCCCGAUCAAUGGACCGUGGACUUUAAGCAGCCAGCCUCAGACUAUUUGACAUUUAGACAAAAAAUCGAACGCGAUUAUGUCUCACUGGAGAAUGUGAUUGUCAAGGAUGAGGAAUCGAUUGUGGUGGGCACCAUCAAGGUGCGCAAUAUUGAUUUCCAAAAGGAGAUCAUAGUGCGCGUCACCUGGGACGACUGGAAGAGUCAGCAGGACAUCUUCUGCACCUUCGCACGUGCCUAUGGUCCAGCCACCUGUGCACAUGUCGUCUUUGAUACAUUCUCAUUCAAAAUAACGCUGCCGCCAAGCUCAAAGCGUUUGGAGUUCUGCAUCUGCUAUCGCACCAACGAAAAGGAAUACUGGGAUAAUAAUGAUGGUAAAAACUAUACCAUCAGCAAGCGUUCGCCCUUCUACUAUAAUGCUCUGUCACCCUAUGAUAAGGGUCAAAAUCGCAACUCCAGUCAAAUGCGCUCCACACUAACCGAUGCCAUAGCCAAAGCUCAGCAAGCCAAUGGACCCAAUAGUCCCGAAGCAAAUACGCCCUAUUGGUAAACCUUAGCGCUGCUUCCAAGUCCUAGUAAUUGUCGCUCUCUUUAGUUAAAAUUGAUUUUUGACUAAGGUAUCAAGCAUUGAAUUUUAUAGUGGGGGGUUAUAUACUUUAGUUGUUAUUUGUUCAAAUACAACUUUAUUUUUUUGUAAACCAAACUUGGUACAAAUUUCAAGCGUGCCAUUUGUUAGCAAGUUUCCUAUUGGUACAAUCAAACAGAAACUACUUUAAAAACAAAACAAAUCAAAAAUCUAAGUGAGUUUUCUAAAAACGUAACGCAACGGAAUUUCAAUAACAAUUUCUACCUAUUUUACUCUUGUACAUCAUAUACUAUCUAUAACUUUACAAAGUUUAUGUUUGAUUGUGUUAUAAUUAUCAAAUUUUAUGUUUGUAUGUAUGCCUGUGUGAUUGUCUACUAUAUAAAGCUGAUAUUAGUUUAAAAAACGAUCAAAAAAACAAAUAAAUACACUAAAAAUUUACACUAUUCAGUAACAACUUAUAGCGUGCAUUAUCCUAGCAAACCAUUGUUUCGAAAUUUUCUGAAAAGAAACCAUUAUUAAAAAAAACCCAUACAACGAAUAUGAAUUAUAGCUUUAAGUUUUUAUGAAAACUUUUACAAAAACGACAAAAAAAAAAUAUGAGUCAAAGUGCUCGACUAUUAUAAUUUUUUUUUGGUUAUUUGAAACUCUAAGACUGAAAAUGGCUUGUUAUGGAGAAAACACGUCCUUCAAUACAAUACAAAAACAAAUUAAAAGAUUUAUAAAAAAACGUAAACAUCACCUAAACAACAAAAUAUAUGUACAUCUAUGUCUCUAUUUUGUGCCCGACUUUGUAACUUAGUUCUUAAGCAAUUUGUACAUACAAAGAGAUAAAACAUAUACCAGAAAAUUGCCUGUUAAAUACAUUUAUAUAAACUAUAUGCGUUUAGUUUAAUAAAUAUUUUAGCUGUAGUGCUUAGAGGUUAUUUAGUUUUAAGCCCAACCAACAUACAACCUAUUUCCCCUACAAAAAUAAAACUGACAAUAAAAUACGCAAUCUAUUUUCUUAACUGUAACUGUAACUAUGUUUAUUUA